GCGGUAUGUUCUUGGCCACAGGAAGCACGGAUCACAUCAUCAGGGUUUACUACUUCGGUUCAGGCCAACCAGAGAAGAUCUCUGAACUUGAGUCCCACACAGACAAAGUCGACAGCAUCCAGUUCUCACACUGCAGUGACAGGUUUGUCAGCGGCAGCAGAGACGGUACAGCACGAAUCUGGCAGCUGCAGCCUCAGGGCUGGAGGAGCAUUCUGCUGGACAUGCAGACCAAAUUACCCGG